AUGCAGCCCUCCAGAGGACUGGGGGCCACAGCCGGCGGCUACGCCCCCAACUACCCCUCCGCCCCGCCCCACAGCAACGGCUUCUCUCAGGGCUUCUACCCGAAUAACGCAACUCCUGCUAAGGCUCCCUACGGCAACGCCAUUGGAGGGGGCCCUCCGGGGCCCCAGGCCCCCCCUGGGGGCCCAGGGGCCCCUGCAGGGACCCCCGGGGCCCCCGCCGCGAUGGCUGGCUACUACGGCCAAGACGCAGCGUCCACAGCGCAGCAAUACCCACAGCAAAUGCCGUUUUCACAGCCGCAACAGCCGCAGCAGCAGCAGCAGCCUAUGUAUCCGGGGCAAAUGCAUGCGCCACCGCCGCCCGUGCAGCAAGCGGCUCCUUCCUACCCGCAGCAGCCGCCGCCGCUGCCUCCGCAACAGCAACAGCAGCAGGCAGCACCGGGAGGUCGGUAUAUGCCAGCGCCUUCUGCUCCGUUUGCUGCUGCUCCUCAGCAGCACCAGCAGGGUCCGCCGCAGCAGCAGCAGGCUUGCUACAUGCCUCCUCCUGUGCAGCAGCAAGAGCCACUUGCACCUGUGCAGCAGUCUGGGCCUGGGGGAUAUAUGAUGGGGGUAUUAAGACAAGGUAGCGGGUCUUUAGGUGGUGUAGGUCCAGGGGGGGGAGCAGCGGGAGGGCGUUCUUCGUAUUACCCUGCAGCAGCAGCAGCAGCAGCAGCAGCGCAGCAGCAGCAGGAAGGUGUAUCUCAGCAGCAGGCGGAGGAUUUGUUGCAGCUAAACGCUCCAGCAGCAUUUGUACGGCCUUCUGUAUGGCGUAUCCCCAGCAGCAGCUCCCUCAGACACAAAUGCCAUUUGCCUUUAGGGGUUGUGCUGCAGCCGCUCGCUUCGUUAGGCCCUGGUGCUGCUUCUGUACCUCGUAUUUCUUUCGGUUCGGGUCUAGUAAUUCGUUGCAGACGGUGCAGAACAUAUGUUAAUGCAUUUGUCACCUGGGAGGCGAAUGGGAGGAGGUGGGUGUGCAAUAUGUGUGGGGUGAGCAACGAGACACCACAGUUUUAUUGCGCUCCUAUAGACGCAAAAGGAAGAAGAGAAGAUGCAGCAGAGAGACCGGAGCUUUCGAGAGGUUCUUUUGAAAUCAUUGCCCCUGGAGAUUAUAUGAUUCGCCCUCCUCAGCCUCCUGCAUUUGUGUUUUUAAUAGAUGUCUCACACCAAGCUGUAGCAGCGGGGCUUCCUGCUGCUGCAUGCAGCAGCAUUGCUGCUUCUAUUGCUGCAGAUAGGCUCCCAGGAGACAGCAGAGCACUUGCUGCUGUCUUAACUUACGACAGCAGCGUGCAUUUCUAUCGCUUAGAUGCUAGCCAGACUCGCCCUCAGUUGUUUGUUGUGCCUCAAGUAGAAGAGAUAUUCCUCCCUUUAGCAGAAAACCUCUUCGUCCCUCUUCAAGAAUGCAAAGAAGCUAUUCUUAAUACCCUUAAUGCCAUACCUGAUAUAUGGAGAGCAAACGAGUGUACUGAUAACUGCUUAGGCAGCGCCGUGCGUGCGGCUGCAAUGGUAGCUAAGCAUGUGGGGGGGAAGAUACUGCUUUUUGCUUCUUCGCCACCGACUGUUGGGGAGGGAGUUGUAAGGAGAGAAAUGAACAGAGACAAGGGAGGACAAGGCCAGGGUGAAAGAGACAACGACCUUCUCAAGCCUGCAGCAGAAACGUAUCAAACACUAGGGCAGCAGCUGACUCAGUCUCAGCUGUCUGUUGAUAUGUUCUUAUGCCCUCCGGCAUACCCAACCGCCUCCAGCGUAGACAACCCCUACUACGCUCCGUCAGGUGGGGGCCCCCAAGGUGGGGCCCCCGGGGCCCCACCUGGGGCCCCCCGCGUGCCUGCGAGCGGCGGUGGUGGGGUUGGGGGUUGUUCUUCCUUUGACUUGGCGUCUUAUGCUUCCCUAGCUCAAUUUACUUCAGGAGAACUGCGGUAUUAUCCCGGGUUCUCUCGUGAGCUAUACCAAGACAAACUGCAGGCGGAGGUCGAUCGCGUCCUCUCUAGGGUUACGGGAUGGGAAGCAGUGAUGCGGGUGCGGGUGUCGCGGGGAUGGAAAGUGUGCGAGCGUCACGGGCGUUUUUAUUUGCGUGGCGCGGAUCUGUUUGUGCUUCCAACUGUACAUGAAGAUCAGACAUUUACAGUGUCUCUUGAGCCUGAUGAAGCAGCAGGAGCUGCAUCAGGAGACUGUCUCCUUUCUCUACAAGUUGCUCUGCUGUAUACACACAGUGACGGAGAAAGAAGAAUUAGAGUCCAUACGGUCGCUCUCCCUCUUACACAGAACAUUCAGUCAUUACGAGCAAAAGUUGCUGACGGCCGCGCGUACCUCCAGAAUUUGUGCGUCCAAUUGAUGGCGGCGCUGCAGCUGCCAGCAGGGCACUGCACUGCGCCCUACGGGCCCGUUGCUGCAGCAGCAGCAGCAGCAGCUGCUGCUGCUGCUGCAGCAACGCCCCCCGCAAACAAUGCUGAACAACUCAAACGACUCGGAUACCUCGUCAUGGGAAUCCUCAAAUCCGCUGCUUUCCGCAACACCAAAGACGUGACGAGCGACAUGCGGGUGUAUUGUUUCCACCGUUUGUCUUGGGCGAGUUUGAGCCAAGUGGUGGUGUAUUUAUCUCCUCGUUUGUUCUGUUUAACCGACUGGGGAGACAGUGAAGGUUCUGUUGAUCCACAGGGCUGCGUGCUGCUGCCCAGCGCGCUGCCACUCACCAGCGAAGUGAUGACUCAGCAAGCCGCUUAUCUGCUUGAAAACGGAGAACAAAUGCUCCUCUGGAUUGGAAAGUCUGUGUCUCCGGAUUGGUUGCAGUCUGUUUUUGGGGUUGCUUCAUAUGAAUACUUGCACCCGGAGGCAGCAGCGCAGUCGCUAGGGUGUACAGACACCCCGUUGGGCCUUCGAACUUUGGCUGUCAUCCGCGAGCUGCGGUUGCAGCGGUUGCAGCCCGAUUACAUGCAGCUGAAGAUUUUGCGGCAAGGAGACAGCAGCGAGCAGCUGUUCUUUGCAAUGCUGACAGAAGACAGAGUGUCGAGUCUCCCGCUCACGGCUUCGGAGUUUUUGCACAAAGUCGGCCAGCGGUCUCUGCCGGCUUUGAAUCCUCCUUAUCCCUCGCAGCAGCAGCAGCAGCAGCGAGGGUAUUGA